CCCAAAGUACAAAAGUAUAAUAUAAAGCCCGGCUUAGAGAUAACGAACUGAAAAGUUUUCGCAUCCAAUUGGUCAUCUGAUUUCGCCCGAUAUGGGAGGAGAACUAGCGAAUCGAGCUGCAUUAUCGGCACUUCUGGGGAUCCUGCUGAUCACGGGAUGCGAAGCGGAGAACCCGAAGUUCAAGUACGAGAUCAAGGAGUUCCCGGUGCCCGUGGAUCACUGGAGUUUCUCGAGCAACGCCACCUUCAACAUCCGGUAUUUGUACAAUGACUCUUUCGUGGACAAGGCCAAUGCCCGCACACCGAUCUUUUUUUACACGGGCAACGAGGGGGACAUCGAACUCUUUGCCCAGAACACCGGAUUCCUGUGGGAGCAGGCGGAGAGGCAGCGGGCGCUGGUGAUCUUCGCGGAGCAUCGAUAUUAUGGAAAGUCCCUGCCCUUCGGGAGCUCCACCUUCAACGCCAGCAUGCCGGAGCACUUGGCGUAUUUUACGGUGGAACAGACCCUGGAGGACUAUGCCAUGCUGAUCACAUUUCUGCGGAACGAUCGCCAGAUGCCCGUGGUGGCCUUCGGUGGAUCCUACGGCGGAAUGCUGGCCGCCUGGUUCCGCAUGAAGUAUCCCCAUUUGAUCGCCGGUUCUCUGGCCGCCUCGGCUCCCAUUCUGCAGUUUCCUGGGAUCACCGAUUGCGACAUCUUCUCGAGGAUUGUGACUUCCGUGUUUCAGAAUGCCUACAACGCCAACUGCACGGUGAACAUUGCCAAGUCGUGGAAACUCUUUGAAACUCUGGCGGGGAAUGAGGCGGGUAAGAAGCAGAUUUCGGAUGCUUUUCACCUCUGCACUCCGCUUAAAACUGAUGACGAUCUGAAGAAGUUCCUGGACUACGUAGAAGAGGUCUACAGCAAUCUGGCCAUGGUGAACUAUCCGUAUGCCAGCAGUUUCCUGGCCCCACUGCCCGCUUAUCCGGUGAGGCAGGUGUGCUACUACCUCAAGGAUCUGCACACCACCGAUGCGGAUCUGCUGCACGCCAUGUCCAGUGCUUUGGCGGUUUAUACGAAUUACACUGGGUCCUCCAAGUGCCUGGAUAUUUCGGCUACUUCUAAUGCCGAUGAAUCUGGAUGGAAUAUCCAGAGCUGCAACCAGAUGGUGAUGCCCUUCUGCUCCAACGGCACCGAAACCAUGUUUCGCACCUCCACCUGGAACUUCAAGGAGGUCGCCGAGAAGUGCCAAAAGAACUAUCGCCUCUCGCCCAAGCCAUUUGACAUAAUUCUGCGUUAUGGCGGCCGAAACCUGGAGGCUGCGACGAAUAUCAUCUUCAGCAACGGCCUGCUGGAUCCCUGGAGCGGUGGCGGCGUCCUGCAGUCGCCCAAUGACAAGAUCUUCGUCAUCAUCCUGCCGGAGGGGGCUCAUCACCUGGACUUGCGCCACAGCGAUCCCGCUGAUCCGCCAUCCGUGCGAGAUGCCCGCAAUAAGGAGGCGGCCAUCAUAGAACGAUGGAUCCAAGAUUUCUGAAAUG